GGCAUGGGCUCGGGCUGUCGUCUCCUCCCAGCCGCCCGCCCGCCUAGACUGUCACGGGCCACGGGGUCCACAGGGGCGACAGCAGCAGCGUCCCGGGGGCGGCCCGGGGCCGCGUCCCUCCGCUGCUGUCAGGCGCUGGCGGCGGAAAUGAGGCGCUGGCCGUUUUCCGAGCCGGGGUUUCCUGCCUGAGCGCCGAGAGGCCGUGCGACGCCAUGGGCCGGCCGGGCCACGACCCGCAGCUUGCGCGGUAAGCGCGGCCCGCCGAGCGCGUUGGAGGAACCGGGCGGUUGCUCGCAUCCCGCUUCUGUUUUCUGGCGUUUCCUCAUUCUGUUUCUCUUCCCCAAUCCCAGACCGCAGUGAUGUGGGCGCGGAGCUCGGCCUUCCCGCCUCGCUCUCCGCCAUGAACGGGCCCACCGUGCAGCCGUCCCGCACGUCCUCUGCACCCGCGUCGCCGGCGUCCCCGCGCGGCUGGAGCGACUUCUGCGAGCGGCACGCAGCGGCGGCGGCGCGGGAGCUGGCCCGCCAGUACUGGCUGUUCGCGCGCGCGCAUCCACAGCCGCUGCGUGCCGACCUGGUGUCGCUGCAGUUCGCCGAGCUUUUCCAGCGCCACUUCUGCCGCGAGGUGCGCGAGGGCCUCGCGGGUCCACCGGGCCGCGACUACCGCGCCACUGCCCCGCACCACCGCGCCGCGCUGCCCAAGGCACGCAGCUCCGAGGACCUGGGCCCGCGACCCUCCUGCGCCCUGCAGCACCUGCGCCGUGGCCUGCGCCAGCUAUUCCGCCGUCGCUCGGCUGGGGAGCUGCCAGGGCCUGCCAGCGACACCAAUGAUACCGAUAACGACAACUCCGCCACCAGCAGGCUAGGACCAGCCCGCAAGCUGCUACCCUGGAACCUGCGGGAGCCAGCAGCGGAGGCGCUCAAGGAGGCGGCGCUGCGUUACAGCCUGGCGGAUGAGGCGGCCAUGGACAGUGGUGCACGCUGGCAGCGGGGUCGCCUGGUGCUGCGGGCCCCGGGUCCAGGCCAUGGCCGCCUGCUGCAGCUCUUCGACCCUCCCAAGAGCUCAAAGCCCAAGCUCCAAGAGGCCUGCUCCAGGAUCCGGGAGGUCCGGCCAUGUACACGCCUGGAGAUGCCCGACAACCUCUAUACCUUUGUGCUGAAGGUGCAGGACCAGACAGACAUCAUCUUCGAGGUGGGAGAUGAACAGCAGCUGAACUCAUGGCUAGCAGAGCUCAGAACUAGCACAGGCCAAAGGUUGGAGUGCACGAACACAGAGUUACCCCUUUCCUUUGUGGCAGAGCCUGGUCCAGCCAGCUCUCCAAGGGGAAGCACAGACUCCCUGGACCAAGGUGCUUCACCUGGAGCAGUGCUGGACCCAGCCUGCCAGAAAACAGAUCACUUCCUGUCCUGCUACCCUUGGUUCCACGGCCCUAUCUCCAGGGUAAAGGCUGCACAGCUGGUUCAGCUGCAGGGCCCUGAUGCCCAUGGUGUGUUCCUGGUGCGGCAGAGUGAGUCCCGGAGAGGGGAGUAUGUGCUCACAUUCAACUUACAGGGCAGAGCCAAGCACCUCCGCCUGGUGCUCACAGAACGUGGACAGUGCCGUGUGCAGCACCUGCACUUUCCCUCGGUGGUGGACAUGCUCCGUCACUUCCAGCGGUCCCCCAUCCCACUUGAGUGUGGAGCAGCUUGUGAUGUCCGGCUCUCCGGCUAUGUGGUAGUUGUCUCCCAAGCACCAGGUAGGAACCCCGAAGUUUUUGUCAAGGGGUGGUAUCGCCGAAGUACACAAAGCUUGUCUGGUGCAUUUUCUUCACUGUUGAGACUCAUCCAUGUCACCUCUCCAGGUUCCUCCAACACGGUCCUCUUCCCUUUUUCCCUUCCUCACUGGGACUCGGAGCUGGGUCUUUCCCACCUCAACUCUUCUGGCAUCCCCCCAAGCCUUGGCGCAGAGGCUCUACCUGGCCGAGUGACACCCCCAGAGCAAAUCUUCCACUUGGUGCCUUCUCCUGAGGAACUGGCCAACAGUCUGCGGCACCUGGAACUGGAGCCUGUGAGCAGUGCCCGGGACUCAGACUAUGGGAUGGACUCCUCUUCACGGAGCCACCUUCGGGCCAUUGAUAACCAGUACACUCCUCUCUCACAGCUGUGCAGGGACGCAAACUUGUGAAUGUAACCAUCGUCCUCUCCUCCAGAGAGCUACAGGCUGUUAUCAGCCUUCCCCAGCUCAAAUGUCUUCUCUACCAGGCUGCCGCAGACUUUCUGUCAGCCAUAGCUAGCCCCUGGCUUUCUCCCACUGUUUACAGAUGUAGUUCUUGUGCACAAGUGCCACUAGCUGAUACCCUAGGCCCAGAGCUGGCAGUGGAAACUGGUAGUGAGAGCUUAUGACAGACUUCCUACCAAGUAGGCUCACUGCGAAGCACAAAACACUAACAAGUCCUGUCUCUUUCCCCAUAGCUUCAGUUCCACAGCUGAUGGAUGCUUCUUAAUCCCGCUUCUACUCUUAGCUUUAGACAGAAGCUCUGCCAGAGGGACAGGCUUAAAAGUCAAAAAUGAUUUUAAACAUUUUACCUCAGAUUACUUUUUUUUUUUUUUAAAGGAUUCAGGUUUCCAUAUGAAAUCACAGCUUACUGCCCUGCCCUGCCCUACUGUGCUAUUGUGAAGCCAGGGGCAGCUAAGCACACCUGCUCCACCCAUCCAAGCUAAGCCAGCACGCUAGUGUCCUUGUCUGCUCCUCCUCAGGACAGUUGCCUGCUACAGGGUAGCCACUGUCCUCCUUAAUGUAGAGAAUGAAGUGUGUCACCCUUUCAGGGAAAUCCAGGCAGCUUGCAGAGAGAGGAGGGUGGCAAGGGACAUUCUACCCCAGUGCCUUAUGCAUAAAAAACAGGACUCUGGUUUAUAGCAGCUUUACAGAGGAUGGGAUGAACAGGUGGGGGAGAGACAAGCACAAAUGAAAGCCUCCUAUCUAGGCCUGUGUUGUGAACCCAAAUUAUAGCUUGCCCCUGACCUCCCCAACAAGCAUCUGAUGGCUUAUUGAGUAUGGCUCCAUACUGGCCAAACAGGAAGCUGGCACCAUAAAGAAAUUCCUAUAAUAGCUCACAGUAAGUGUUCUGUCCCAGGUGGCAGCAGGGUCACUGGCGGAAGACUAUGCUCCUGCACACACAAUCUCUUCAUCUAGAUAGGGGCUAGAGUGGGCUGCUCCUGAGCACAAAGAUGCCAGUGAGUGUAGCCUUUGGGCUCACAGCUGUGGCUUUAGGGGAUCACACUUAAUUCCUGGACAUGUUUGUCAGAGGCAAACAUGCUGAUAUCCUUCUCUUCUGGUUACCCUCUAUACUGUGCAAGCUUGUGUGGCUCUUAGUGGAUGGGGGAAGCAGCCGACUGUGCUUCACCUUGGAACACCCCCCAUUGUGUUCACAGAGCAAGGCACAUCCCACAUAGGUGCAGAUGUGUGUUUUGUCUUUAAAAGAACUAGCUUUCCAUCAUUUUCCACAAAAAGUAUGAACCAAAGAUAUAAGCAAUAUUCAGUCACUGGUCCAGACUCCUCUCUCAACUGUAUAGGAGGAGGGGGCAGCUGCCUCUGCCCCUGGCCAGAAGUUCAACCAACUUGAACCAGGGGCACCCAUUUCUGCUGUUAGACACACAGCUCUCAGUAGAGGAGAGGUUGGCCAUACACUGUAAACCAGCACCCCAGCCCCACAGCACUGGGACUCGCCCACUGUGGACAACUUCCUUUCAAAAGGUGUAUAUUAUGACAAAGUCGUCUCAUGGCCAACACCUUUUUUUUUCUGCUAGAGUUAGGUCCAGUUGGCUGAAGGGGAACAGGUGGCUUAGUGAGGCCCAAGCCAGAUACCUGUGUCAUUACCAGGCACUAUCCCCACCCCCAGUAGUCCUGACAGACCACCAUGGGCACAGCGUGAGCUGGCCCUAUAGAGAUCAUAAGUGUAGCUAAACAGCCCCUGCACCAUUACUUCCUUCUCCUGACUACAACUCCACACUAACAGCCACCAGCACCAAAGAAUUAGGUCAGCUAACCUGCCUUGAAUUUAGACCAGCAGUCCAUAUGGCUUUAACUCUUCUGCCUUUGAUCAUUUCUGUAUCGUAGGAAAAGGAGUAGUGAUCAUUACAAUUUUGGGCCAGACAACACUAUUUUUACAUAAGUUUCUUAACCUAAAAGAAGGCUUCAUUUCUUUCCUGAGGGCUCUUGUUCAAAUGUUACCUUAGUGCAAACAUCGAGUGAUAGACUGUCAUCCACUGCCUCCUAAUGAAGAUGCAUCCAACAGCCAAUGUGUGGCUGGAAUAAGCAUUGUGACGACAGGAAGACGGGAUUUCAUCUUCUAUCAUAGGCAGAAGGUAUUUGGCAAAUCUUUGUUUUAUGUACUGUAUGAGUAACUUAUUCUUGAAUAAUGCAAAUUUUGCUACAGUGUACAAAUUGCUAUAUGUGAAUUAAAAAGAUUUUCA